AUGAUAUCUCUAGAGGGUUUUGAGCCCGUCGCUGUCUCUCCACACAAACAAGACCCAGCAUGGAAACACUGCCAACUUUUCAUCAAAGACCAGCCCAAUGGAGUUAAGGCUGAGCUGAAGAAGUGCAUAUAUUGUGGCAAAGUGUUUCAGGGUGGUGGAAUUAACAGGCUUAAAUCCCACCUUGCUGGUCGAAAGGGCAAUGGUCCUACUUGUGACCAAACCCCACCAGAUGUUCGUAUUUCCAUGUUACAGAGUUUAGAUAAUGGGAUUGCAGCGUUUAGGCACAGGAAGGGUCAAAUUGUUGCAAACCCACAUCACAGUCCUAGUGAAUUAGACAAUUCAUUUGCUGAAAAUGGGGACUGCAAAUUGAUGGUAGGACCCGAUUCGAAUUCGCUUGUGAAUCAAGAAGAAGAUGUUGGAAUGAGUGGGAAUGGAGUUGGGUUGAGUGGUAAUCUGACUAAUGUACCCCUUGAAGUAGACAAUUCUUAUAGGAGUAAUGCUGCAAUGCAUAGAUCAGCUGGAGUGCCCAAAUUGAAUUUUUCGGUGAAUCAAGAAGAAGAUGCUGGAAUGAGUGUGGAUAGAAGAGUGAGGUGGAGGGGUGGAACUUCUUCUGCAGAUACUGGUUCUGGUUCUGUUGAUGGCGUUACGAAAUUGAGUAACGUUUCAGCUCCUAUUCCUAUUGCAUUAGGUAGUGCUUUUUCUGAAGACACCCAAGGGAGAUCAACUGGUUUUCCCAACUCAUAUUGGUUGGAAAAUGAGGAAGUUGGCAUAAGUAAUACAAAUGUGAGUGCAAGGAAGAGGGUGAGAGGUGAAAGUGCUGUGGGGGCUGCCAAUGCUGGAACUGUCGACAAUAAUUAUGAGGUGAAAGAGGUCGGCAAUCAACAAAUUCAUAUGGCAAUAGGGCGGUUUUUAUAUGAAAUUCAGGCUCCCCUGGAUGUGGUGAAGAACUCGGUUUAUUUCCAGCCAAUGAUUGAUGCUAUUGCCUCUCGGGGAAAGGGGACUAUAGCACCUUCAUAUGAUGACCUUAGGGGUUGGAUAUUGAAGAAUGCAGUUGGAGAGGUGAAGAGUGAUAUUCAUCAACACAUGGAAACUUGGGCAAGGACUGGUUGUUCCCUUUUAGUCAACCAAUGGAGUUCUGAGAAGGGUAAAACUUUGCUAAAUUUUGCAGUGCAAUGCCCUGAAGGAACAAUCUAUCUGAAAUCUAUGGAUGCUUCCUACUUUAUUUUUUCCCCAGAUGCUUUAUUCGAGUUUCUUAAGGAAGUGGUGGAAGAAGUUGGAGUUGGGCAUGUUUUGCAAGUCAUUACAAAUACUGAAGAGCAAUUUGCUGUUGCUGGGAAGAGGUUGAUGGAUACAUUCCCUACCCUGUACUGGUCUCCCUGUGCUGCCACUUCCAUAGAUUUGAUCCUUGAGGAUUUUGGAAAAGUUGAGUGGAUAAAUUCUGUAAUUGAACAGGCUAGAUCUGUUACAAGAUUUAUCUACAAACAUGUUGUCAUUUUGAAUAUGAUGAGAAGGUAUACUUUUGGUAAUGACAUUGUGAGGCUGGGAGUAACUAGGUUUGCUACAAACUUUAUGACAUUGAAGCAAAUGGCUGACCUUAAAUUUAAUUUGCAGUCUAUGGUUACUUCAAAAGAAUGGAUGUGCUGCCCCUACUCCAAAACACCAGAAGGAUCAGCAGUGCUAGAUAUAUUAAGCAAUCACGCAUUUUGGUCUUCGUGCAUUUUGGUCACACAUUUAACAAACCCACUUUUGCGAGUUUUGAGAAUUGUUGGUAGCCAGAAGAGGGCAGCAAUGGGAUAUGUUUUUGCAGGAAUAUAUCGAGCAAAAGAAACAAUCAAAAGAGAACUUGUCAAGAGAGAAGAAUACAUGGUCUACUGGGAUAUUAUCGAUUACAGGUGGAAAAAGUUAUGGCAUCUUCCUCUUCAUGCUGCAGGUUUUUACCUUAAUCCCAAGUUUUUCUAUAGUGUCAAAGGAGACUUGCAUAAUGAGAUCAUAUCAAGGAUAUUUGACUGCAUAGAGAGUUUGGUUCCUGAUAUAAAAGUCCAAGAUGAAGUUAUCAAAGAGAUAAAUUUGUACAAAAAUGCUGUUGGAGAUUUGGGGAGGAAUUUGGCAGUUCGAGCUAGAGACAAUCUACUUCCUGCUGAAUGGUGGUCGACAUAUGGUAGUAGUUGCCCAAACCUUGCUCGCUUGGCAAUUCGUAUUCUCAGUCAAACUUGCAGCAUAGUUCAAGGUCAGGAGAAUCAAAUUCCUUUUGAACUGUUGCACAAGACGAGGAACAGCUUAGAAUGUCAACGGCUUAUUGAUCUUGUUUUUGUUCAAUACAACCUGAAACUAAAACAAAAGGUUCACAAGCACAAAGAACAGGAAGAUGUCGGUCCUAUAUCAUUUGACCGCAAUAGCAUUGUCGAAGACUGGGUGACAGAGACGGAAAUGCCCCUAGAAGACAAUGAAAAUCCUGAUUGGAUGUCACUUGAUCCCCCCUCUGGUAACACAAGGCUUUUAGAACUUUCAGUUGAUGAAGCUGAAGAUUUGGGUUCAGGGUUUGAUGACAACGAGAUCUUUAUCGGAUUGAAAUUGGUUAAAGGGGAAUGUUGA